AGCACACACACACACACCUCCAGUUGGUGAUAUGGUGCCGUAGUCCUAGGGUCUAACCAGCUGCACAACAUGAUGAGUGGGAACGAAGGCCAGAUCGCCGAGUUCUACCGGGGCCGCCACAUCUUGGUCACGGGGGCGACGGGCUUCAUGGGCAAAGUAUUGGUACAAAAGCUUCUCUACUCAUGUCCCAACCUGGAAAAGAUCUACCUACUCAUGAGGGAGAAGCGGGGACAGGAUGUGAGCAAACGACUCGAGAAACUGACUAGUGCAGCGAUAUUUGACUCGCUGAGGAAGAACCACGCAGAGAGGUUGGAGAAGCUGGUAGCGAUGACAGGGGAUAUCACACAGCCGGAGCUGGGACUGAGCGAAGAAGAUCAACGGACGCUGCAGGCCAACGUGUCGGUGGUGUUCCACUCAGCUGCCACUGUCAAGUUUGACGAGGCACUCAAACUUUCGGUCGCUAUGAACCUACAAGGCACCAAGACACUCACACAACUGUGUUUGAACAUGCCGAAACUGGAGGCUUUUGUGCACGUGUCGACAGCGUACUGCAACUGUGACCGCAGCGAGGUACACGAGGUCGUCUACGCUCCACCUGCAGACCCAGAGAAGAUUAUGCAGCUGGUAGAGUCCUUGGACGAGGAUAUUCUGGAUUCCAUGACAGACAAGAUCAUUAAGAAUCGACCAAACACAUACACGUUUACCAAAGCACUUGCAGAACAUGUGUUGUUGAAACAGUCCGCCCGUCUUCCCAUUGCCAUCAUCAGACCAUCAAUAGUGACGGCGUCGUGGAAGGAGCCGUUGCCAGGCUGGGUUGACAACCUGAAUGGCCCGACAGGUCUACUGGCCGGCGCAGGCAAGGGAGUGCUGCGGACCAUCAUGUGUCAUAGAGAGAAAGUGGCGGACAUCAUCCCUGUAGACAUGGCCAUCAACCUGAUGAUCACAGUGGCUUGGCACACGGCUACCACUAGACCCAACCGCCUCGUGGUGUACAACUGUACGUCAGGAGUGACUAACCCCAUUUACUGGCGCAACAUCGAGUCGUGGGGACACGAGUACCUUGUCAAACACCCUUUCAGCGGAGUCCUGUGGUAUCCCGGGGGAAGUUUCAAGAGCAGUCGGCUGCUCAACUCACUCUGUGUCUACGUGUUCCAUCUUGCACCAGCGUGCGUACUCGAUGCCUUCUCCUUACUCACUGGACAGAAACCAAUAAUGCUCAAAAUCCACAAGAAGCUGCAGAGAGCGGUGACUUGUUUGGAGUAUUUUACGACUAACGAGUGGAAGUUCAUGAACGACAACAUGGCACAGCUGAUGAAGGAAAUGCAUCCGGCUGACCGGGAAAAGUUCAACUUCAACAUCUCGGACCUGAAUUGGAAAACCUACAUUGAGUCGUAUGUGCUUGGAACACGGAAAUACAUAUUGAAAGAGGACCCAUCCACCAUUGAUACUGCUAAGGUUCACUUAAGGAGGAUGUACUGGGCGCACAGGCUCAGCCAGAUGGUGAUUUUUGCACUCAUGUGGCAGGUCGUCCGUUCAGGAAAACUGACAGCUCUCGGGUACAAUCUGCUAAGCCAAGUCCUUCAUCUGAUAAAACCCUUGUGACAAACAUCAUCAGCUAUAGGGAAAAGGAACUACUACGUCAUCCGUCACCAAGCACAUUAAUCAGCAAAAAUCUGUUCUUCAAACACAGCACGAAGAACAACGUGGAAAUGAGGUUUUAACUAAAAAUCCUCAAUUGAUGAAUGGAAAGAAUAUUUUUCAACAAUUGAAGAUCAAAGCAUGUGUUUGGGGAUAUUUAUUAUUACAUAUAGUGUAUAUUGUAAUUUAAUUUUAUAUAAAUAAUUAAUAGUUUAAAUACAGUAUUAUUGUUUUUCAA